AUAAUUUUCUUAUGUUCACAUUCGACUUGUCAACUCAAUUGAGGAAGUUAUUGCUGUAUAGUAUUUUACAUCGACUGUUAAGUUUUAUUUUUUAUUUUAAUUAAUAAAGUGAUCCUGCAAUUGUAUAUAUUUAAAAUAAAAUAUAACUUGGAGUAAUAAUAAUGUCUACAGUCAGAAGAGCAACCCAUUCUGGAAGCUGGUAUACCAACUUAGGUCCGGAAUUAUCACGUCAACUGGAUCGUUGGUUGAGUGCUGCUGAACUUUCGCAUGGUCCAGCUCGUGCAAUCAUUGCGCCACAUGCCGGCUAUACCUACUGUGGUGCUUGUGGUGCCUUUGCAUAUCGACAAGUCAGUCCUGCCGUUGUCAAGCGAGUUUUCAUAUUGGGUCCAUCGCAUCAUGUACGCUUGAGGGGCUGUGCCCUAUCCACCGCAAAAACAUACAAAACUCCUCUUUAUGAUCUCAAAAUUGAUACUCAAAUCAACGACCAGCUGGAAAAGACUGGAAAUUUUUCUAGGAUGGAUAUGAAAACAGACGAAGAUGAACAUAGUAUCGAAAUGCACUUGCCAUAUAUAGCAAAAGUAAUGGAGGACUUCAAAGAUCAAUUCACGAUCGUGCCAAUUUUAGUCGGUUCCUUGAACCCCGAGCAGGAAGCUUUAUACGGAAAUAUUUUAGCAAGUUAUUUUACUGAUCCACAAAAUCUAUUUGUGAUAUCAUCGGACUUUUGUCACUGGGGUCAUCGCUUUAAUUAUACCCACUACGAUCGAUCUUGCGGCCCAAUUUACGCGUCUAUAGAAAAACUUGACAAGGAUGGUAUGGCCAUAAUUGAGACACUUAAUCCAAAUGCAUUUACUGAAUAUCUGCGAAAGUACAAUAAUACCAUUUGUGGACGUCAUCCAAUAGGUGUCAUGCUUAACGCCGUAAAAGCUUUACAACACCAAGGUUAUAAUAAUAUGAGCUUUAAAUUUCUCAAAUAUGCCCAGAGCAGUCAAUGCAAAGAUGUGGAUAUGGAUUCGAGCGUUAGUUAUGCAUCGGGUUCACUCGUCUUUGAAUCUUAAGAUAAUUUAAAACGAAUGAAAUUAAAAUACGUUAAUAUGCAAAUGUUGGCAUACAUACAAAAAUACGUACCCU